UCUUGUUUGCAGGCUAUGUUAAUAAGCCAAAGCUUAUUCCGACACAUUUACACAUCCCUGCAUCACACUGCCUCUUUGUAAAGAUACUCCCAGGAUCACAUCAGAGCCAGCUCCAGCCCCUGAUCCUGUUACCUGGUGCUUUUUCCUUAGGGAGCCCCACGAAGUCAUCUAUUAGAAAUUAAGCCAAAUAAUCAAUAAAUCCUUGGAUCUAAGGAAUGGAAUAAGUUUAGGGAAAGUUUUUUGUUUUUUCUUUUUGAGACAGAGUCUCACUCUGUCACCCAGGCUGGAGUGCUGUGGCUAGAUCGCAGCUCACUGCAACCUCUGCCUCCUGGGUUCAAGCGAUUCUCCUGCUUCAGCCUCUCUAGUAGCUGAGACUACUGGUGCGUGCCACCACACCCGGCUAAUUUUUUGUUUGUUUUUAGUAGAGACGGAGUUUCACAGUGUUAGCCAGGAUGGUCUCAUCUCCUAACCUUCUGAUCCACCCGCUUUGGCCUCCCAAAGUGUUGGGAUUGCAGGCACCAGCCACCGUGCCCCACCUGGAAAGUCAUUUUAAAACAACCAAUGUAUGAAUCCCUAGCAUCAUAUUCUUGCCAAGUGGCUGGCUCUUUCUCCUGAGCUUGGAAACCUCCAGUAAUAUGGAAAUAAUUAUUUUACAGACCACCAAUCGUAUCUGUGAACUUGCUUGCCCAUUACAAAUUAUUUCUUCCAGCAUAAUUUUAUCUGCGUCUUCACAGGUUUUCUCUUUCCUUCCCUUUAGUGUUUGUUCUUUAAAUAAGCAGAAAAAAAUCCAAUCUAUCCCCUUUCAAUAUUGGUCUAUUGUCGUUUCACUUUGUGGAAAUGCUUUUAAAGAAAAAUUCUGUCCUUGCAAUAUGUUAAAUAUUUUCUAGUACCACAUCACCUACAAGCUUUGUAAAAAUGUGUUUACAUAUUAUUAUUAUUACUGAAACAGUCUCAUUCUGUCACCCAGGCUGGAGUGCAGUGACAUGCUCUUGGCUCACUGCAACCUCUGCCUCCCAGGUUGAAGUGAUUCUCCUGCCUUAGCCUCCCAAGUAGCUGGGAUUACAGGUGUAUACCACCAUGCCUGGCAAAUGUGUGCACUUUUAGUAGAGAAGGGGUUUCACCACUUUGGCCAGGCCAGCCUCAAACUCCAGACCUCAAGUGAUCCACCAGUCUUAGCCUCCCAAAGUGCUGGGACUACAGGCGUGAACCACUGCACCCCACCUAAUUUCUUUUUUUUAAUUGAACAUAUGUGAAGGCAGGGCUUAGUGACACAUAGCAAAAACAUUUCCAAGUGGACAUUACACUAAGCAAUUAAUGGAAGUGCUCACUUAAAAGUACUAUCUCUCAUAUAUAUUAAAAAAGAAUCCCUGUAUGUGCAAUACCUUAAUUCAAAGGCAGCUCGUUGUGUAUAAACUCUCAAGCUUUGUGAUAAACAAAUGUGCAUAACAGAUGGGACUACUGACCUACAGCCCAGAUAAUUUUACUGAUGCUGAGAGGGUUUUGUGAUUGGCUCUGCCGCUGUCAUCCCCACUCACUUCAUUUUGGAGUGACAUAAUGCCAAUAUGACAUAAAUACCUUACAUUUAGGUGUUCUCAUCACCUGCUUCCUACCCCCCUGAAAGAUGACCAUAUUUGCUUUACCUGAUUAUAAGGUCUCAUAUUCACUGUCUUGAAGCCAACCAAAGAAUUUGACAGUGGGUUUGUAGCACUGGCUAUUUUGGUGAAAUAAGACAAUGAGACUUCAUGAUGUCAUCCAAAGUUCUAUCAGAUCUAGCUGUGGGAGAAAUGAAAAGGGGCCUCAGUCAGGUUGCUCACGGCAUACUUCUGUGUUGUUCUCUAGGUCCAGAUUUCUGUUCAUUACGCUAUGGGCUGGCUCUUAUCAUGCACUUCUCAAACUUCACCAUGAUAACCCAGCGUGUGAGUCUGAGCAUUGCAAUCAUUGCCAUGGUGAACUCCACUCAGCAGCAUGGUCUAUCUAAUGCCUCCACUGAGGGGCCUUUUGCAGACGCCUUCAAUAACUCCAGCAUAUCCAUCAAGGAAUUUGAUACAAAGGCCACUGUGUAUCAAUGGAGCCCAGAAACUCAGGGUAUCAUCUUUAGCUCCAUCAACUAUGGGAUAAUACUGACUCUGAUCCCAAGUGGAUAUUUAGCAGGGAUAUUUGGAGCAAAACAAAUGCUUGGUGCUGGUUUGCUGCUCUCUUCCCUUCUCACCCUCUUUACACCACUGGCUGCUGACUUUGGAGUGACUUUGGUCAUCGUGGUUCGGACAGUCCAGGGCAUGGCCCAGGGAAUGGCAUGGACAGGUCAGUUUACAAUUUGGGCAAAGUGGGCUCCUCCACUGGAACGAAGCAAACUCACCACCAUUGCGGGAUCAGGGUCAGCAUUUGGAUCCUUCAUCAUCCUCUGUGUCGGGGGACUAAUCUCACAGGUCUUGGGCUGGCCUUUUAUCUUCUACAUCUUUGGUAGCACUGGCUGUAUAUGCUGUCUGCUAUGGUUCACAGUGAUUUAUGAUGACCCCAUGCAGCACCCAUGCAUAAGUGUUAGGGAAAAGGAGCACAUCAGGUCCUCGCUGCCUCAGCAGCCCAGUUCUCCUAGACGAGCUGUCCCCAUAAAGGCAAUGAUCACAUGCCUGCCACUUUGGGCCAUUUUCACGGGUUUUUUCAGCCAUUUCUGGUUAUGCACCAUCAUCCUAACAUACCUGCCAACGUACAUCAGUACUCUGCUCCACGUUAACAUCAGAGAUAGUGGAGUUCUGUCCUCCCUGCCCUUCAUUGCUGCUGCAAGCUGUACAAUUCUAGGAGGUCAGUUGGCAGACUUCCUUUUGUCCAGGAAUCAUCUCAGAUUGAUCACCGUGAGAAAGCUCUUUUCAUCUCUAGGGCUCCUCCUUCCAUCAGUUUGUGCUGUGGCCCUGCCCUUUGUGGCCUCCAGUUACGUGAUAACCAUUAUUUUGCUGAUACUUAUUCCUGGGACCAGUAACCUAUGUGACUCAGGGUUUAUCAUCAACACCUUAGAUAUCGCUCCCAGAUAUGCAAGUUUCCUCAUGGGAAUCUCAAGGGGAUUUGGGCUCAUCGCAGGAAUUGUCUCUUCCACUGCCACUGGAUUCCUCAUCAGUCAGGAUUUGGAGUCUGGUUGGAGGAAUGUCUUUUUCCUGUCUGCUGCAGUCAACAUGUUUGGCCUGGUCUUUUACCUCACGUUGGGACAAACAGAAAUUCAGGACUGGGCCAAAGAGAGGACCUCAACCACCACUGAGGACGUAAAGUUAUUUCAAACUUAAAUACAGUAUUGAGCAUGAACUUUUUUAACAUUUUUUAUCUUCAUAUUCCUGACCAUAGAUUCAGCAGUUGUGAACUCUGGCUGUGUGUUAGUCUUUCCUGGGGAGGCUUUAUAAGAUUCUGAUGCCUGGGACACACUUUAGAGAUUCUGAAUGAAUUGGUCUGGGGUAGAAUCCAGAUACCACUAAUUUUUAGAUACUCUACAGAGGUUUCUAACAUGCAUUCAGGAUUGACAGCAGCUGGACAAACUUGAAAAGUUAAUUCAGGUGGCCUUUGAAUUUUCCUCAUUGGAAAGUAUUAAAUGAAUAAAAAUUUGCAUGAAAAUGAUCACUGAUAAAUAUCUGCAUGGUGAGGGGUGUGGUUAUUGGAUAUGGAGAAAUCUGCAGGGAAUUGUAACCACAUGUUGCAGAUCUUGGUACAGAUCGGAAUUGUAAAGCUAUUAUCCCCAGAAUUAACAUUUUUAUUAUUUUUUUAUACAUUGUAAAAUGUGGAUAUUUAUUUAUGUGGUUAAAUUCUAUGAAAACUUAUAAAAUAAAAUAGACCGUUUUGAAAUUAUUUAGAUUAGGAUUAUUUCCAUCAGGUUAAACAGAUAUUUAUCCUAGACCAAUUGCAAGAGAUUAAUGACCAGAAAAUGACCAAGAAAAGAUUAAAUAAAUGAGGUUAACUUAGAAAUCAAAGACAGAGAAAACAGAAUUGAAAAUCUUGUGAGAAGAAUGAAUGUGAAGGAAGGCAAUGUAGACACUUCCAGAAGUAUACUUUAGAACAUAUAAUGAAAAUUGAAGGGAAAUGACAGAGGCACUUUCAAGUGAAAUGACAACUUAAAUGGGGGAGAAAAAUACUUAAGAUAUAACAAGAUGAGAAAAAGCAUAGAAAUGUAUCACAUGCAAGAGACGUUCCUUCUGAAGGUAGAAAAAGAUCAUUUGACCUUCUUCGUGUUUUCCUUACUUUCCCAACACACUCAGAGAGACAACAUCAACUCUAACAGGAAUUCAUUUAGCUUCUAACACUUCAAACAGAUCCUUUAGGUUGUCUACACACACAGAGCUGAUUCUGGUUUUGCCACAUGUCCAGAGAAGAAGUUCCCACCAUAUUUUAAAUCCUAUUAAAAAACCUCUAGGACAAGAACCCUGGGCUAAUUCAGCAGAUGAAGGGAAUCUUGUAACGCAAAUCAACAGGUAUUUUUGAGCAGGUGUUUUCAGAAAAACAAGUGUCACGCCCUGAGAGUGAUACUAAGAUGAGAACAUUGAUUUUGGCUUCAUGGUAUUGACAACAUAGAGAGGAAGGCAGGUUUGCAGAAAACCGAAAGAAGAAGAAGAAAAAAAGAAAGACAUAGUAUAAUAGGUAGUCAAAUUAUGUACAGAAAAAAGAGAAAAAAAAGACCACAAAAGGGUGGAGGGCAGAGAACCCAACUAAAAAAUGGGUCAAUGACUUGAACACGGACUUCAUAAAAGAGAAAAUGUAAGUGUCCCCCUUAACAUAUAAAAAGAUUUAAUUUCUUUAGUCAUUACAGAAAUGAAAAAAACUGCAAUGAAAUACCACUAUAAACUUAAUGGAUAAAAUGAAAGGGGAUGGAAAACAGAAAAUGUUGCCAAGGGUGCAAAGCAACUGGAACUUUCAUUGUGAAACCUCGGAAAGCUGCUCAGCAAUAUCUCUUAAAGUUAAAUGUACAAUUCCAGUGACUCGAACAUUUUAGUUAGAAAUGCACAUAUACGUCCAUAAAACAUGUACAACAAUGUUCAUAGGAGCACUAUCUGUAAUAGCUCGAACAGGAAGUUGUCUGUUAAUAGAAGAAUGAGUAAAUACAGCAUGGUCUAUUUAUAUAGGAAUAAGAAUUAACAGACCCCAAUAGGUGAUAGAUGAAUGGGUCUUACAAACCCAAUAUUGAGUUAAAGAAGACAAAAAGGACGGUCUUUUAAAGGUUUAUAAAAUAGUUUUUAAAAACAGCUACAACCAAUCUAUCCUGUUAAAAAUCAGUGAGUGAUUCCCCUUGGGCAGAGAUAGGAGUGAUGGUUGGAUGGAUGGUACUUAAGAAGAGCUCCUGGGGUACUAGAAAUAUUUUCUUUCUUGACUUGGAUGUGUUUACUUUGUGAAUAUUGCACAUUUAUGACUUGUACGCUUUUAUUUAUGUAGAAAAUAAAACAAAAAGCAAAAUCUAAGUAUCCA